AUGAAGCGGCGUUCCAAUGUCCAGAAAAAUGUUGCUCAAUUUCUGGAUGUAGAAGCGGGAGUUGACGAUGGCGAGGAGGCGGACUCCGGCGAGGAAGAGUCUGAACAAGAACUAGACAACGAGUUUCUCGAUGAACAGGAAGUCGACGGAGUAGACGUCCACCCUCGGUCGCUGGAUGAAUAUGCUCAAAUGAACGACGAAGCUCUAGAGGCGUUACUACUGCGAUCCAAGGAAAGAAGCCUUGCGGAAUCAAACCGACGAAAAUCAAACUGUGUAGACGCAGCAGAUGAUAUAUUUUCUCCCAGUUUUUUGCCUGUAUUAACUGAAGCGGAUUUUCCCCUGUGGAAGGUGACUUGUCGCGUUGGCAGGGAAGAAUUGGCUAUUGCAUCUUUACUAUUAAAUGCUCAGGACAAGCACAAAAUUCGAUCUGCUUUUUCUGUUGAGAGGAUGAAGGGAUGUAUAUUUUUGGAAACACUUUGGAAUCCCAAUACCGUCGAUCUGUUGAAGAAGACUCCGGGCGUUUUGGUAACAAAGCGAGGCGUACAACAAUCAUUAGUUUUGCCUGACGAUUACCGAGAAAUACUUCGGGGACAAGGCAAAAUCUCACCCCCAAAACGUGGAUCCUGGGUCACCGUCUCAAAAGGUGCAUAUCGAGGAGACGUCGCGCUGGUGAAGGAAACAGAAGGGAGGCUUGUACGCCUGUUAAUGCUUCCUCGUCUUCCCUUACCCGGUGCAAGCAGGGUCACCAAAAGAAGGAAGACAGACCAUUCUGGAGAUUCUGUUCUUUGGUCGAAGACGCAAUGGACGGAGUGGUUGAAUUCUCAAGGGCGCUCCCAUCAGGUCGUAGAGCAUACGGAACACUGCUGGCAAAUAGGGAAUACUCUUUUCGAACAUGGACUGAUGAUUCAGGACAUUGGACAGGAUUCUAUCGAUGUCGUCGUCGAGGAAAUGCCCUUUCAUUACUUCCGGCUUUUUCAACAAUCUACGCACAGCUCCCUGGACUCCUCAUACAUGCUACGUCCCACCGAGUGGAAAUUUGAACCUGGAGAGGCCAUUCUGGCGGCAAGUAUUGAAGGAUCGCAAUCUAGAGAAGCCUCUGUAGUCGCUAUCCAUCCGUACUAUUUAGAGGUGGCAUACACAACCCAUGAUUCGCAUAAUAUCGCAGAUACCUCGCUGGUGCCGUGGAUUCGCGUGACAAAAUUGUUUCAACUCGGCGAUUACGUUUCUGUACAGAGCGGGGAAAAUCAGGGCGUUGAAGGUUGGCUAAUUGCGAAAACAAAUGAGGCGGUCGUGAUAGGACUUUUCGACUCGGACCUUCUGACAAUCCCAAGUUUGCAAGUCUUGGACAAUAUACAGACAAUAGAAGCGCCUAUAAACUGGGUGCAUGUUUCAAAAGCUCCUUUUCAACAUCGGAUGAAAGAAAACAAGAAAAAGAAAGUUGAAAUCCCUUCUGAGGCUCGUCAUUUUUGGACGCUUUUGCCUCUUGGAGAUCGACAUGCCUUUGAUGGGAUGCCUACCCUUCUUAAUAACCCUGACAGAUCUGUCGACACUCUAUCACAGUCUGCUGAACGAUCUGGUACCCCUAUUCCAACCAGCCCAAUCGCCGACGGGCAAUGGGAUCCUUCAGCACCGUUACCCCACAAUCCUCAAUCCUCAAUGUUGCCCUCGGAAUACUCUCAUCCCUCCCACGUUCUAUUCAAAGAAAUGCUGGUGGGACAGAAAGUCGCCGUCUAUAUCAAAGGGGGUUCAUUCAAAGAUUCCAAACGACAUUACUUCGUAACUAUCGCUCGAGACGAAAGAAACCAUUUCACAUUGCUUUUGCUGCGCCAAAAAAGGCCUUCAAUGACUCUACAGCCAGAAUGGGUUACGCCAAAGCAUCCCAGCGGGACUCACACUAACGACCUGCUGUUUGUUGUUGAUGGAGAGAACCAACACCAAUUUGUUCGCCGGAUCGCUCAGCGAGACUUAGUGAACCAAUCCCCUAUCCUUUUAGUCAAUCCGGUAAUGAGGAGGGAAGGGCAAUCCGAUAUUUUAUGCGGGGUUCCUUUUGAGGUAGAAUCUACUGCGACCAUCCCACCGCCUGGACCUUCAGCUGCCGCCCGCCAGAUCCUCAAUGACAUAAAAAAAGAUGACCUGAUUGUUUCUUGUAUCAAGGCCCUUGAGAUUUCUUUUGACCUCUCAAGGCUUGCACCACGUCGCAGCCGGGCAUAUAUUUUGGUCAUGGUUCUAAUUUCAACAUUCCUUCUGGCUGUAUCAGAGGUGGCUGAGAGGUCUGAAGGUCGGCGCUAUACCCUGGAAUCUUUCAAUUUUCUCCAACGUGCAACCCGUGAAGCUCGACAAGCAGUUGCUAUGGAUGUGGCUCAACAUUGCGACCAAACUCGCGUCGAUGUCCCAACACCUGAGUCAAACACCUUUCCCGUCCUCUCAAAUCGUAAUGAUUCCCACUUCCAAUAUCAGGCGGCAAAUGCGCUCCACAACCUCUUGUUGGAGAACUCUGGGAUUCUCGAAGAACGUAUUAUAACUUGCAGUCGAUCCAUGGUCGAAGAAGCGGCUGAAUUCGCGGAUAACGACGUUUUUGAACUUGCCACUAUCCUUGCUGCUAUCCCCUCGGUCAACUUUCAUUUGAAUAUGGAUCUAAUUCAAGAUGCAGCACGUGCCGUCUAUGUCGCAGCUGGUCUACGCCGAGACCUAGAUGAAGCGUUGAAAAUAUGCAGCUUGGCCUUGACAAAAAAAGAGUGA